CUCCUGAAAAUAUAACUGAAAUGGAUGUUGAUGAGAUUGAGAACAUGGCUAGGAUCUUCUUUGACGCUGAAGAAUGGGAUGAGAUGUCUGAAUUUGAUAAGACUCGCACUAGGAUUCUUUUUGUUACUUACAUUAAACAUCCUGAAUACUGUGGAAAAGGGCCCUCAAAUGGUAUCUUCCGGUUAUGGACUGUCAUUAACUGUCAAAUCAAACGGUUCUGUCACUCAAAAAUCGAUAUUAUUGAUUUUUAUUUGGAUUUCCAAAAUUAAAUGUGCUAAAAUGGACUUAAGCAACAUAAAUGCCUCAAAUGUUUCUCAGCUUGGUGUUUGCCAGAUUGAAUCUAUCCUACAAAGGUUCUUUACUGCAGAAGAAUGGUCUCUACUAACUUGGUUUGAUAAAACUCGUUACAGGGUUUUAUUUGUGACUUACAUAAGAUACCCUGAAUUUCACUCCAAAUAUACAUUGGAGGAGUUCAUUAAAGAACGAAAAGAAAAACCCCAAAAAAUGUUUCCCGAAUUUGAAUUUACUUAUAAUCCUGACCGUAAAAGAAAAGAAGAACCUGUCAACCUAGAUCCCAAAGACCCCAAUUUUAAAUUCCCUUCCUCGCCCAAACGAAUGUGUGCCUAUCCUACUAUUACAGAGCGUGAAUUGUACUUGAGAACUGGUACUUACUUGGCCCCAUUGAUAGAAGGGCAAGUUACAAGCACUAGUGGCAUGAACCAGCUAAAUGAGCCAGUACCUUCGACUAGUGGCUUGAUAACUACGAGGAGAUAUUCAGAUUCUCAGGAGGAUAAAUAUAUGAAUUUUUUCAUAAAUUCAUAUGCGUUUAUUUAUUUUCAGCAUCCUUUGAUGAUUACGAAGACACAUAUUCUGACGAUUCUGAUAGUGACUAAAACGGCUUUGGAGGAAAAAUUUGCCUGAUAAGCAGUUACUAAAUUUUCAUUUUUUUUGUAAUUAAAUUACUUCAUACUGCAUGUUCAUGAUUCACAUUUUUUCAGUAAAUCACAGUGUAUUAAAUAUACCUUGAGUU